AUGCUCAGAAAAACUACCACUUUUUCCCGCCAACUCAGCUUUCAGAAGCAACUGCAAUGGCAGCAGCAACAGCAGCCUCUUAAAGAGCGACUAUUGAUCAUCUUAAAGCAAUGUGUUUCAACCAAAACAGUUCAACAAAUUCACACCCAAAUGCUCAUACACUCUGUAGACAAACUCAAUUUCCUACUUGCCAAGAUUAUUGAUCUAAAAGAUUUCGAUUACUCCUACCAUUUAUUCACAUCAAUGCACGAACCAAAUGACUAUGCUUUCAAUGUCAUGAUUCGUGGCCUAGCAACGUCCUGGAAGAAGUUUGAUCUUACUUUAGAACUCUAUUAUAAGAUGAAGGGUUUAGGCAUAAAGCCCAAUAAUUUCACGUACCCGUUUUUCUUUAUCGCGUGUUCAAAUCUAUUGGCGCUUGAACACGGUAGAUUAGGUCAUUGUAUGGCGUUGAGAAGUGGCUUAAUGGUGGAUUGUCACGUGAGGCAUUCAUUGAUCACCAUGUAUUCCAUGUGCAGUGCGUUGAGUUGUGCACGGAAGGUGUUUGAUGAAAUUCAUGAGAGAGAUCUGGUGUCAUGGAACUCAAUGAUCUCUGGGUAUUCACAGAUGGGUUGUCCAACGGGUGCUUUGGAAUUGUUUGAGAAAAUGAAAGGUGAAGGAUUUGAGCCGAAUGAAAUGACUUUAGUUAGUGUUCUUGGGGCUUGUGGGGAUUUGGGAAAUUUGAGUUUGGGGAGGCUUAUUGAGGAUUAUGUUGUGGAUAAUAAAAUGAAGGUGAAUUCUUUUAUUGGUUCAUCUUUAAUUGGUAUGUAUGCAAAGUGUGGGGAUUUGGUGUCAUCAAGGAGGGUUUUUGAUAAAAUGACAAAGAAAGAUUUAGUGACCUGGAACUCCAUGAUUACAGGGUAUGCGCAAAGUGGAUUAUCACAUGAAGCAAUUUCAAUCUUCAACAUCAUGAAAGAAGAAGGCGUAAAAGCAAAUAAUAUCACAUUAAGUGGAAUUCUAUCCGCAUGUGCAUCGCUUGGUGCUCUUGAUAUUGGUAAAUCAAUAGAUGAAUAUGCAUCAAAAAAUGGUCUACAACAAGACAUAUAUGUAGCCACUGCUUUAAUUGACAUGUAUGCUAAAUGUGGGAGUGUAGACCAUGCAUUUCAAGUUUUUGAAAACAUGCCUUUCAAGAACAUUGUCACAUGGAACGCCAUGAUUUCUGCUUUUGCUUUCAAUGGAAGGGCAAAAGAGGCAAUAUUGUUAUUUAACAGAAUGUCGGUUUUCCCUGAUGAUGUAACAUUUGUGGGAGUUUUAUCUGCAUGUGUUCAUGGUGGAAUGGUGAAAGAAGGGCGUAAAUUCUUUGACUUGAUGACAUCAUCUUAUAAAUUGGUUCCUAAAAUCGAGCAUUAUUCUUGCAUGGUGGAUCUUUUAUCAAGGGCAGGUUUGGUAAAUGAAGCAUGGGAUUUUAUACAAAAAAUGCCUGAAAAACCGGAUGAAAUUACAUUAGGUGCAUUGCUUGGAGCGUGUCAGAAAGUUGGAAAUUUAGAUGUUAGUGAAAAGGUGAUGAAGGUUUUAUUAGAGAUUGAGCCUAAAAAUUCUUGGAAUUAUGUGAUUUCAUCAAAAAUAUAUGCAAAUUCAAAUAGGUGGGAUGAUUCGGCUAAAAUGAGAUUACUUAUGAGAGAAAAGGGUGUCACCAAAGUUCCUGGUUCUAGUUGGAUUGAAGUUCAUGGUCAAAUUCAAGAGUUUCGUGUUGGUGAUGAUUUACAUAUUGAUUCAGAAGAAAUUUAUAAAUUGCUUGAAUUUUUAUAUAUUGAGAUGAAGUUAAAAGGUUAUGUGGUGAAUACCAAUGUUGUGAAAGGCAAGAACAAGAAGUUGUCUUGCUCAUGA